AUGCGGUGCGUGUGCCUGGCGGUGUUCUUCGCGUUGGUGUUGUUCGUGUUCGUGCUCUUCCGCGUGACGCUGCUGCAGGUGCUGGUUGGGGUGUCGCCGGUGGACAGCCAGCUGCUGGAGGGCGGCAAGUUGCCGCCGACGUGGGAAGGGUUUCCGGUCCUGCAGCGGUACUAUGGUGGGCUGCGGACGCUGGUGCGCAGAGCGCAGAACGUGCCGGAGAAUGCGGGCGAGGAACAAAAAGAAUCGAAUAGCACAGGUGCUGCGGAGGGCGAGAAGGAAGGGGGAUUCCAGGCGGAGAGCUACGUGUUUGAUCCGUAUCCGAACUACACGUCUCCUGAGUACCUCAAGCGCUUCGGCCGGAAGCAGGAUUGCUUUCUGACCGACGACGACACCGUGAAGCUGCCGCCAGUGCGCUACUACGACGGUGUGCCGCGUGGUUUUCCUGAUGCUGCGUUUGGCUCCAAUGCUGUGCUGGGUCUGCGUGACGAUAUCUGCUUUGAGCGGUUUGGCCGGCUGGGGCCGUACGGGCUGGGGUACGGGCGGCAGGCAGGCGGCAGUGGUGCAGGACUGCAUGGAGACCGCGCGGGUGCGGAGGCAGUGUGGGCGGAGGUGCCACCGGUGGAUUUCCGCAAGGUCAAGUGGGCGGAUGCGGUGCAGCGGUGUGUGCGGCGCAAUGAGCAUCGGUUUCGGAGAGUGGGGGAGGGAGAGGCAGGGCCGGUUGAUCCAACAGGGCCGCGGGAAAAGAGGGACGGUGCCCAAGACGAGCUUCGCAAUAAUAUGACGACGGGCAGCGAGAAGCUACCACGUACGGCCUUUCUGAUCCGCACCUGGCACGACUUCGAGUAUACCGAAGAGACAAUCCUGAACCUGCGGGCACUAAUAGCGGAGCUGACGUUGCAGUCGGGCGGCGAGUUUGAAGUGCACUUCCUGGUACAUGUGCGCGACGACAACCUGCCAAUCUGGGCGGACGACACGACAUAUCAACGAGUGCUGCGCGAUGCGCUGCCAGAGGAAUUCCGCGGACUGGGCAGCCUCUGGACGGAGCGGCAGAUGGGCCUGAUCUACGGCGGCUUGCACGACUCGAUGGCGCGCGGACUGCCAGUGCACGGGGUGUACCGGAGCGCGUUCAUGGCGGUACAGCACUUCUCGCAUCGACACCCGCAGUACGAGUUUGUGUGGAACUGGGAGCUGGAUGUCCGAUACUCGGGGCAUUGGUAUGCGCUAGUGCAAGGGCUGGGCGCGUGGGCGCAGGCGCAGCCGCGCAAGCAUCUGUGGGAACGCAGUGGAAGGUUCUACGUGCCCACGGUCCAUGGCGGGUGGCAGGAUUUCCGGCGCAGGAUCGAGACUGAAAGCGGGUAUACGAAGGGCCGGAGCAGUAAUAUUAAUAAUGGGCAGGGCCACGACAACAGCAAGGAGAACUAUCAUGGCCGAUGGAGCGCACUAUUGAAAGCCAGCGGCGGACGGGCGUCCCAGCAACAGCAGCAACAACAAGGGCAGUACCAGCAACCGCAGACACCCAUCUGGGGCCCUCUGCGUCCGGGCGACGCGGCGGAUGUGCUGCAGGUGGAGGGCGAGGGCACGCCGCCAACGGGCAUGGCGGAGGAUCACGACGACUGGGGGACGGGCGAGGACGCGGACCUGAUCGUGCUGAAUCCGCUGUUUGACCCGGCGGGCACGACGUGGCUUCUGCGCGAUGAUGUAACGGGGUAUCGACAGGGGGCGGUGCCGCGACGAGCGGCGGUCAUCACGGCGUCACGGCUGUCGCGGCGACUACUGCACACGAUGCACCGCGAGACCAGCGAGAAACGGCACACGAUGUUCUCGGAGAUGUGGCCGGCCACGGCGUGCCUGCACCACGGCUUCAAGGCAGUGUUCGCGCCGCACGCGGUGUACCUGGACCGGCACUGGCCGGCGGCGUAUCUGGCGGGCGUGUUGAACGGCGGGCAUGCCGGCGCCAGCGGCGGGGCGCGCAGCGCGGUGUUUGGGGACGGCGAGCACCACCUGCGCGGGGCCAGCUGGUUCUACGCGGCGCACCUGGCAGGUGAGCUGUGGGCGCGCUGGCUGGGCGGCAAGGGCGGCGACGGGCAGGGAGGGGAGAGGGACGAAAUGGCGGGCGAGGGCCGCAUGUGUCUGCCGCCGAUGCUGCUGCACCCGGUCAAGGGGGUGCGGGCGGCGUAA